AAAACUAUAAUACACCAUAGCUUCGAGACUGAGUUUCAAAUAUUAUUAGUCACUGCAUUAAAACAGCCCUGGCUAGAAUAACAAUUACCCGGAUACCACGCUCGACCCUGGGAACAAAGAACAUACGUCACAAUUUUUCCGUUUAUUAGACAUCCUAGCCGGAAACAACUCCCACUCACUGUCAAAAGCUGUUGGUUCACUCUUCAGAAAGAUUUAAGGAACGACUUCCUCCCAGGUCAUAAGACAACACUUGCAGAGUCGUUACGCUCCUUUCGACUGACUGGUGUUGAAGAAUAUGAGUCUUUUCGCUCUAGAUCCCGAGUUAGAGCAACAGCUAAAUGACAUAGAUGAGUUUAUUAGGGCGCAGUGUGGCGACGAUUUAUCUGCCGGGUUCAACCAAAGCGAGUGGCUCUUGCCUUCACAAACCGGGGAAGCCCCAGCGCAGACAAGUUUCUGGAACGUAAGAGCUGAUCACAGUUUUCUACCUGCUUGUGGCGCCAAGACGAACCUGUCCUCUAAAGGAUAUCAACCAAAAUAUGCAAGACCUGAGGUAGAGGUUCAAAUUAUGAACCUAAUGGACACCUACGAUAAGAAGACGAAAAAAUGCUCUGGAAAAUACGAAUAUGGACUAGGAUCCUCAGAAGUAACUAUUGUAGCCCGUGCUUCCGAUGAAAUUAAGAGAGUUCGAGUUUACGUUCAAAGAUGUCCCGACGCUGCGAUAAGAAUUCACGACACAACAGGUCCCGUCGAGCUGCAAGUUAAUUUUCAGAAACACGAUCAGACACAGACUGUCCUUUCAGUAGAUUUGGGCUCAGUGCACAGAAAUGAAGAGGGAUCCUCUGUGUACCGACUUGAGAAGGCUGAUGUUAUGGAAAGAAACAAGUGGGAGCUUAUCAUAAUGAUGGACUUUCAUGAGGGAUUGGUUACCACCAUUAAAUCAAAACCUUUUAGGAUCACUACAAGAGCAACUCAGAAGGCCAGGACCCUUGAUGAACAGGAUGAAUUGACCAUCGCUGGAAAAGAAGUUCAGAGAUUACCGUCGCAUUGUUGCAAGGUAUCUGACCACAAACUUACAUCCAACCAUUCGCCGAGGAACUUUACCUUUUCCGAAAUUGAAAACGACGGAGUAGCAGAAUCACACGCCACAAACGCCGUUGUCAACAGAGUAGCUUCAAAGCUUCGUCAGGAACUCUCAAAGCUUAAUCUAAAAGAAGAAUUUACCCGUUCAACAUCGACGACGAUAUCAACAAAUCCGCUUGUUCUCGGAAAAGUUGUUCUUCGACCAGAUACGAGGCUUGAUAAGAGAAAAGUAUCAGUACACUACAACCGCGAUGUUCGAGCUCGUUACAUUGUUGAACAACCUGAUCUUCCCAAUCUGUUAAAACUAAUGAGCCACCGUUCGCCGGCUUGCACGAGUGGAGGAAGGAGAAGGGCAAACGGUUUCAAAACUGCCGAAGAAGACUUUUGGUGGGCAUGCGGGCUAUGCUUCUUUGAAAGACGAAAGAAAUCAACUGUCAAGGCCCAUGUGACGCAGAAAGUUUGCCAGAAAACCUCUUUGAGGAAAGAAAUGAGACAGAGAAGAAAGGCAUUGGGCCAUUUGAAAAGAUACGCAAGCUGUGAGUUUAGCAGUGAAGAACACGAGGAGUUUGAGUUCCUAACCUGGAACAGUCCUCUCUCUGUCUAAUGGUGAAGACUGAACAGUUGAUGUAGUUAGCUGAGGCUGCUGCUAUACUUUCAGAAAAUACCACACUUUGCAUUUGCUUGGGAGCACAAUGCAGCAGCCUCUUUGUUGGAUUUCAGAAGGAGGGCAUAAAGAGCAAAAUUAUUUUGCAAGUUUACAGCGUUCAUACGCAAUUUUGGUAUUUCUACACGACACAACUAUCAUGGAGACUAGGUUGCUUGCAGAAUCAGUGCAUGCAGAGUCUUGUACAUGGAAUUCGUGAGAGCUGAUGUACGAGCAAAGCAAACGUGUCUUUAUUUACGUUUACAAGCAAGGAAAACUCACAAAGAAGGACAUAACGAAAAUUUGAAUUCGCAUAAGCAGUAACUAUGUAAAUUGCAUUAGUACCGCUGUUUAAACUUUAAAGGUCUACCUUUUCUUCUCUUUAACUGCACUUUUCAUGGAAAUUUUAAACUCAUGCUAAGAAACAGUGAUAGGGAAAUGAAAUCAAUUUAGUUACAAAAGAUAGGAAAGUCAGCUAGAGAAAAGUCUCACCAACGAAAAUGAGUUUCUCAGGAGAAGCAAUAAUACUAGUACAGAAGACAAUAUCAUAACUCUGGGUGGAUUUAUAAAUACUUCGGAGUAUACAUCAGAUAUUUGCAAAUUCUUGCUCCAGAAUGUUUUAAGUAGUCAAAGAUCAUUUUCUCCACUGACACUCUGAAGAAGGUAUUUAAAGCAAUGAGCCAUGCAGCUAGCUGCAGUAAGAAAUGAACUUCGCGAUCAUUAAAUUUGUCGUUGUUCCUCGCCAAAGACGCAAAAAACUCGUAAGCAAAGCAGAAACGUGAGUGUCAAUGCAAAAUAUAGAGAUACUGAGUUGAUUUCAGACGGAAGUUCCCUCCAAUCACUGUGCUAUGAAUUUUGCUUCUGUAGGAUAUGAAAAGUUGGCCGCCUAGAUUCGUAGACUUCCUCAUUAAGAGAGUGAAUCGGCGGGUGAAAACUUGCUAAAAUACAAAAAAAAUGCAUAUUAACUAUUGAAUUUUUUUUGUAACUAAGAUUACGUCCCAUGGAAAAUUUUCACGGUAGUAAAUUUUUUUAAUAAAAAAUAGCCAUUGAUUUCUUAUGAUUUCUAAUCAUACAACACCCUGUAUCGGAUCACAUUAUGAUAACGUAUUUAAAGAAUUGGUUUUAUAAUGACGACAGAAAUUAUGGGAGAAUGUAAAUAAAUUCCCAGUCUCGAGUUCCGAAGUUUGCCAUGAAAGUGACUAAGUAUUUAACCGUCACCACUUCUUUGUAGCACACUGAGCGGUUGAAAAAGAAAAGUCAGAAUGCAUCUUUUGGCCGUGUUGACCAAACCUCGUCAGCUUGUCCAUUUGAGUUUCCAAGCUAACUUAAUGAGUCUUAUCAAUUGAUUUGCUAUCUUGUUAACUAUAGAAUAGCUUAAUGGGUAGAUAUGGCGAUAAUAAAUGGUAAAGAGACCAAAAUGGAGUGGUUUGUUAUCAUAUGUGGUGUGAAAUACAAAUAGCCAAUUCCCUUAACAUUAAAUCUGCAAAAUAGA